UUUAACUUGUGCGUUGUAAGGGCUGGAGGGGAAGAGAGGGAAGGGGUGUGGUAGCCAAUAAUAUUGAUUGCUGGCUCAACCGUCACAUUCAUUUCUGAUUUCACCAAUCUUAUUUGAAUUUAAUGUUGUUUCUGUUCUGGGAUCUUAAAUACAUACAGCAGCUCCCAGCUCCCAGCUCCGAUCCCCCUCUCUGCUCUCUCUCUAGUCUCUACCUCCUCCUUUAUACAUUAUAAUAUAUAUAUAUAUGGAGGAAGAAUCAACAGGCCAACCAGAGAUAGCCAGCUGAAGCUGCCGCAGAAGAGAUCCCUCAGCAUCUCAUCAAAUGGCUUUGCUUCGGCAGAUGAAGUUCCUCUUCCUCUUUCUUCUCCUUCUGCUCCUCAAUCCAGACCCCCCCAUUUGCCAAGGUAAACAAACAUGGAAAGAGAAGUAUCCAUUCAUCAGAAUGGCGAGCUCGUUCUCAUCGUCGACAUCGACUUUAUCGAGCAGCAAGGCCUACGACUACAUAAUCGUGGGCGGCGGCACGGCCGGCUGCCCACUGGCAGCCACCCUGUCCCGGAACUUCAGCGUGUUGUUGCUGGAGAGAGGGGGUGUGCCGUUCGGGAACGCCAACGUCUCCUUCCUGCGCAACUUCCAUAUCUCUUUGGCGGACACGUCACAGGACUCUGCCUCUCAGCUUUUCAUUUCCACCGACGGAGUAUUCAAUUCCAGGGCGAGAGUGCUGGGCGGGGGGACUUGCAUCAAUGCCGGCUUCUACACCAGGGCAAGCUCAAGUGACGUUAGAAAGGCAGGGUGGGAUCCCAAAUUGGUGAAGGAAUCGUACCCCUGGAUCGAAAACCAAAUCGUUCAUCGCCCCAAGCUCGUGCCCUGGCAGAUCGCCGUCCGAGACGCCCUUCUCGAAGUCGGCGUCUCGCCCUUCAACGGUUUCACCUACGAUCACCUCUACGGUACCAAGGUCGGCGGCACCAUCUUCGACAGGUUCGGCCGCCGCCACACGGCCGCCGAGCUUCUCGCCUCCUCCAACCCCCAAAAUCUCGACGUUCUCAUCCAUGCCACUGUUCAAAAAAUCGUCUUUGACACCACAGGGAAGAAACCGAGGGCGGUGGGAGUGAUCUUCAGGGACGAAAACGGGAAGCGACAUCGAGCUUCUCUGGGGAACAGGCGGCGGAGCGAAAUCAUAGCGUCGUGCGGAGCAAUCGGCAGCCCGCAGCUGCUGAUGCUUAGCGGAAUUGGGCCCAAAGAAGAGCUUCGGAAGUUGAACAUAUCGGUGUUGGUGGACAAUGAAUUCGUUGGAAAAGGCAUGUCCGACAACCCCAUGAACACUGUUUUCGUUCCGACCAAGAAUCCGGUGGAGCAGUCGUUGAUACAGACUGUGGGAAUCACCAAGAAGGGCGUCUACAUUGAGGCCAGCAGUGGGUUCGGCCAGUCCCAGGACAGCAUUCGGUGCAACCAUGGAAUUGCGUCGGCGGAGAUUGGGCAGCUCUCCACCAUUCCCCCAAAGCAUAGAACCCGAGAAGCCAUGCAAGCCUACGCCAGAAGCAAGCGAGAGCUUCCCCACGAAGCGUUCAAGGGAGGCUUCAUUCUGGAGAAGAUCGCCAACCCCUUGUCGAAAGGCCAGCUCCGCCUCCUCAACACCGACGCCGCCGACAACCCCGCCGUCACCUUCAACUACUUCAGCCACCCCCACGACCUCCGGCGAUGCGUCGACGGCAUCCGCAUCAUGGAGAAGCUCGUAGCCUCGACCCACUUCACCAACUUUACCCGCUGCGGCAAACACUGCGUGGAGAAGCUACUGAACAUGAGCGUGAAGGCCACCGUUAAUCUGAUGCCAAAACACACGAACGAUACGAGGUCGCUUGAGCAGUUUUGCAGAGACACGGUGAUCACGAUCUGGCACUACCAUGGGGGUUGCCAUGUGGGAAAGGUGGUGAACGGGGAGUACAAGGUUCAUGGCGUCCAUGGGCUUCGCGUCAUUGACGGCUCCACCUUCACUCAGUCGCCGGGCACUAAUCCUCAAGCCACCGUUAUGAUGAUGGGCAGGUACAUGGGAGUAAAGAUUUUGCGAGAGAGGCUGGGAAGAUUAGCUGGUAUAUAAGAGAUUCUCAAAAGGCCGGGCGGAAACGGAAAUGGAAUUGUCUCGAUUGGCUCAAGCUGCAGCGGUCGAACCCUCAUCUCUCCCUUCCAUCCAUCUGUUUAUUAAUGUUUUCCAUGCAGUACUUUGUCUCAAGUGCUCGACUCCUCUGCAUUCUCUGUUCUCGUUUUCGCUCUGGCGUUUGGUAGCCUGGAAAAUCAAUCAUGU